AUGCCUGCUUCUUCGAGGGGUACCUCGGAGCCGAGUCAGCCUCGGUUGCUGUCACCCGGCGCCCACAUGAACAGAAUGCGGAUGAAAGCCAGUGCACCGCUACAUGUACUAAAGACCAACUGAAAGUUGUGUUCAGGUUCCUCUCUACUACAGAAUGCUUGCAUGCGUGGAAUCCGCAUGUGCAAGCAAUAGCAUGAACAUAAGUCCAUGCUCAAAACUACAGGUCCAAAGCAACACCGAGUUCAACCGAUACUAUAUGAUGGAGGAAUAUCAAUUCGACAACAGUAAAACGGCACAGAAAACGGACUACAGCCACGCCUGCGACUUCCUCAGAAAACGAUACUCACCAAAAAGGAAAGUGUAUUCCGAUUCAUUCGAACCUCUUUUAAGAUGGAUACAACUUCUACUUCUAGAAGAGGACUUCCACACCAAGACCAUCAUGAUUUAAAUUUUCACUCCUCAUCGUGAUCGCGCGACUAAAACAAAGAAUCCACUUCUUCAACACCAUCUUUAGGUCUACUCGAAAACUGAAAAUAACCGAGUUACUCACUGAAAUAAGGGAGGUAGCUUUGACAGGGCUACUCUUACUCGUUCAGUAUCUCACUUAUUUCCAGUAGUUACUCGCUUAUUUCAGUUUUUCGAGUAGCUUAGUAACGAAUAUUUCCUGAAGUAUCUCCAUGUCCAUGUCUCCAUGUCCAUGUCCUUGCCCUCCCACCAAGCGAAAUAAACCAGACCACUAGGAAGGAACCAUCCCAUCUCAGGACCAAAACAAAACAGGAAAGACGCCAAGUCUGGUUAUAGCAAUCAGAGGGAUUCGAAAAACGUGAAAACGCUAUUUGGCCACCCUUUUGCGCAUAAGUGCCAGUCGCUCUACAUCGACAGCUACCAAAACGACGCAUUUCAUAGGAGAGGUACUUCUAUUUCGCGACUCCUUCUUAUAUAUACCGUACACGUUUUCUUCAAUGAAUUGUUCAAACAGAAUGAUCUGGAUCUUUUUUAUCGUACAACGAACAAUGCAAAAACGUGGUAAACGUAGUCCGCCAGAAUCAUGUUUGAGAUUGAUUAUCUUCUCCUCUGAAUCCACUUCAAAUCAUCGUCUCCGAGGUCUCCACGCAGCAAGGAAGGACUUAGCACUGCAUGCGGUGUCGAGUACUGAUGUAACGAAGCUCGCAGAACAGAUGGACUUCAUGAAAAACGUCGUCAGAAAGUAGACAUCAUGGACAUGGACUUCUUGAAAUUAACUCAUAAAAAAUGAACUAGAGUUUCGAUAUUGAUUAUUUAGGCUGAGACCAAGCUACUUACUUCCAAGAGUACUUACUAAUAUGAAAAUUUAACAGUUCUACUGAUGCAUAGCAGAGCAGAUGUGUUUCCGAUUCUUAACCAUUCGUCACAAGUGAAUUGAAUUGUCUGUCAUUAAUCGCGCAAGUGUAACAGCAACGGAUUUACGGCUGUAGUUGAGCAUAUCCAAAUAAAAUUAACUACGCGAGCAAGGUGCUUGCGAGGGCAUAGUUUUGCACAAGUGAGUUCCCAGGGUCGUACAUUCUCGUUGAAACUUAACGAUCCAGUCGCGUCUACGUAAGAACUUGGUAACAACUGGCACGGAAACAGCUGUUGUACAUGAAUAAUUUUGGGCAAUAAGAACACAGGCGCUUGUAUAUUUAUGGGAGAUGAAAUGAUAUUGGCUGGCAUCAGCUGGUCGAUCUUUGCUCAUUUCCACUGGUGGUCCCUCACAUUUCCAAGAUAUACGCAGGACGGAAGAUAACGGAUAAGGUUUAGCUGAUCUCCAUUCCUGUAACAAAUGUAAGUAAAACUAAAAAGAAAGAAAAGUCAAACAGACGCUGACGCAAAC